AGAGAGGGGGAGGAAGAAGAGGAGGUCGUUGACUAUCUGUGCACCCGUCCCAGCCCCGCCUCUGUGCCGGCCAAACAACACGGCUUCUUCACCUGGGAUCCGCGGCCGCCUGCCCGUGUGACAGAGAGACAGAGAGACAGAGAGACGCGGCUGGCCAACACUCACCGCCACCCAUCGCUCAGCGCAGGAGACGGGCAGUGAGCGCCGCCUCCAUAAAUACUCCUUCCCCGAGCAGCCAGAAGGACGGAAGGAAGGAAAGAAGGAGGCAGUUUGGUUGACUCUCUUUCCCUGGAUUAUAAAUCUGAUUGAAGGGGAAUUUGCGCUGGAGAUAAUUAAUCGAUUCUUGCGGCAGUGAUAGGCAGAGAGAGACAGAGGCGAGAUUCCUCUCUGUUGGAGGGAAGGAUUUUACACGGCGAGGAGGGGAGGCUGUUUGUUUGCAACCCCUCUCCCCCCCCCCCCCCCCCCCUUUCAUUUCCUCCUCCCCGCUCUCCCUCCUCCUCCUCCCCCGGCUCUUCGGCCCCUCUAGGCACGGCUAGCAUGGCCGUGAGCCGGGCGGAGAGGCGCGACUGCCUCUCGCCCUGUCUGUCCUCAUGCUAGCCAUGGCCCGGGCCAACGCGUCCUCCAGAAGAUACAACACCGUGUUCAACAUGGAACCCGUCAUCAUCCCCAUCGAUGCCGAGAUGAUUUGUGACAGCAGCGACCAGCGCAUGUGGUGGGCUUUCCUCGCCUCCUCCAUGGUCACCUUCUUCGGGGGUCUCUUCAUCAUCUUGGUGUGGAGAACCACCCAGUACCUGUGGGCCGUCUGCUGCCACUGUGGAGGAGGGACAAGAGAUGUGCAGAAAAUUGGUGGUGCAGCCAAUCAGGCUGACGACGCUAACCAGGACCUGGAUGAGAAGGAGGGGGAGAUACCACAGGGAGAGGUGGGCUGGAUGACCUCGGUCAAGGACUGGGCCGGAGUCAUGAUAUCCGCCCAGACACUCACAGGCCGUGUUCUCGUGGUUUUGGUGUUUGCCCUCAGCAUUGGUGCACUUGUAAUAUACUUCAUAGAUUCUUCAGACCCAAUAGAAUCCUGCCAGAAUUUCUACGAUGAUUUCACAUUACAGAUUGACAUGGCAUUCAACGUAUUCUUCCUGCUGUACUUUGGAUUGCGGUUUAUUGCAGCCAAUGACAAGCUAUGGUUCUGGCUGGAAGUGAAUUCCGUGGUGGACUUCUUCACAGUGCCUCCUGUCUUUGUGUCGGUCUACUUGAGCAGAAGCUGGCUGGGUUUACGAUUUUUAAGAGCGCUCAGAUUGAUACAGUUCUCCGAAAUUUUACAGUUUCUAAAUAUCUUAAAAACAAGUAAUUCCAUCAAGUUGGUGAACUUACUCUCUAUAUUUAUAAGCACAUGGCUAACGGGAGCUGGUUUCAUACACUUGGUGGAGAACUCAGGGGAUCCGUGGGAAAAUUUCCAGAACUCCCAACCACUGACCUACUGGGAAUGUGUCUACUUGCUGAUGGUCACCAUGUCGACGGUCGGGUACGGGGACGUUUACGCACGGACCACGCUCGGACGUCUCUUCAUGGUCUUCUUCAUCCUCGGGGGUUUGGCCAUGUUUGCAAGCUACGUCCCUGAAAUCAUAGAAUUAAUAGGGAACCGCAAGAAAUAUGGUGGUACCUAUAGUGCGGUAAAUGGAAGAAAGCACAUAGUAGUGUGUGGGCACAUCACACUAGAAAGUGUGUCCAACUUUCUGAAGGACUUCUUGCACAAAGACAGAGAUGAUGUGAAUGUAGAAAUUGUCUUUCUACACAACAUUUCCCCUAACCUUGAGCUCGAAGCUCUUUUUAAAAGACAUUUCACUCAGGUGGAAUUCUUCCAAGGAUCUGUCCUAAAUCCGCAUGAUCUCGCCAGAGUCAAGAUAGAGUCAUCAGACGCUUGCUUAAUUCUGGCGAACAAGUACUGCCCCGACCCCGACGCUGAAGAUGCCUCAAACAUCAUGAGGGUAAUAUCCAUCAAAAAUUAUAAUCCAAAGAUAAGAAUCAUAACACAGAUGCUACAGUAUCAUAACAAGGCCCAUCUGCUGAACAUUCCCAGCUGGAACUGGAGGGAGGGCGAUGAUGCAAUCUGCCUGGCCGAGCUGAAGCUGGGUUUUAUAGCUCAAAGCUGCCUGGCUCCAGGGCUAUCCACAAUGCUGGCCAACCUCUUCUCCAUGAGGUCGUACAUCAAGAUUGAGGAGGAUACCUGGCAGAAAUACUAUCUGGAAGGUGUGGCCAACGAGAUGUACACAGAAUAUCUUUCCAGUGCCUUCAUCGGCUUGUCCUUCCCUGCAGUGUGUGAGCUAUGCUUUGUGAAGCUGAAGCUGCUACUGUUGGCGAUUGAGUACAAAUCUAAUACAAGAGAAAGCAGCAUUUUAAUCAAUCCUGGGAACCACAUCAAGAUCCAUGAAGGCACAUUGGGUUUCUUCAUUGCAAGUGACGCCAAGGAAGUCAAAAGGGCCUUUUUCUACUGUAAGGCUUGUCAUGAUGACAUCACAGAUACAAAGAGAAUUAAGAAAUGUGGGUGUAAACGACCCAAGAUGUCCAUCUACAAGAGAAUGAAACUCGCAUGUUGUUUUGAUUGCGGACGCUCUGAACGCGACUGCACUUGCAUGUCAGACAGUGUACAUAGUAACUUGGACACCCUUGAGAGAACCUUCCCACUUUCUUCUGUCUCUGUUAAUGAUUGCUCCACCAGUUUGCGUACCUUUCAAGAUGAAAACCCAUCAGUGCUGUCUCCCAAAAAAAAGCAACGGAACGGGGGCAUGCGAAACUCACCCAACAGUUCACCGAAACUGAUGAGACACGAUCCACUGUCGAUCCCGGGGAACGAUCAGAUCGAAGAGAAAGAUGCCAGCGUGAAGAAAUACGAUUCCACCGGGAUGUUUCACUGGUGUCCAUCCAAAGAAAUGGAAAAGGUCAUUCUGACGCGGAGUGAGGCAGCCAUGACGGUAUUAAGCGGUCACGUGGUCGUGUGCAUUUUUGGCGACUUGAACUCUGCCCUGGUCGGUCUACGCAACCUGGUCAUGCCUCUACGGGCCAGCAACUUCCAUUACCACGAACUGAAGCACAUUGUUUUUGUCGGGACUCUGGAAUACCUGACGAGAGAGUGGGAGACCCUUCACAACUUUCCCAAAGUGUCGAUAUUACCGGGUACGCCAUUAUGUCGAGCUGAUUUAAGAGCUGUUAACAUCAACCUGUGCGACAUGUGUGUUAUUAUAUCAGCCAAUCAGAACAAUAUCGACGAUUGUUCGCUCCAAGACAAAGAAUGCAUCUUGGCGUCACUCAACAUCAAAUCUAUGCAGUUUGAUGACAGCAUAGGGGUCUUACAAGCUAAUUCCCAAGGAUUCACACCUCCAGGGAUGGACAGAACAUCACCAGAUAGCAGUCCAGUCCAUGGCUUGGUGCGACCGACAUCCGUCAUCACAGGAGCCAAUAUCCCAAUGAUGACGGAGCUAGUCAAUGACUCCAACGUCCAGUUUUUGGACCAAGAUGACGAUGAUGACCCGGACACAGAGCUGUACCUGACGCAGCCAUUUGCCUGCGGCACCGCAUUUGCUGUCAGUGUGUUGGACUCCCUGAUGAGUGCGACAUACUUCAAUGACAAUAUCCUGACUCUGAUACGGACUUUAGUAACGGGGGGAGCAACGCCAGAGCUGGAAUCGAUGCUCGCUGAGGAGAACGCCUUGCGAGGCGGUUACAGCACGCCACAAACGCUGGCCAACAGGGACCGCUGCCGCGUGGCACAACUCGCCCUGUACGACGGGCCCUUCGCAGAUCUUGGGGAUGGUGGCUGUUAUGGAGACUUGUUCUGCAAGGCCUUGAAAACCUACAACAUGCUUUGCUUUGGAAUAUACCGACUGAGAGACGCACAUCUGCGGGCACAAAAUCAGUGUACUAAGCGAUAUGUGAUUGCAAAUCCACACUACGAGUUUGAACUUGUCUCAACGGAUGUGAUCUUCUGCCUGAUGCAGUUUGACCACAAUGCUGGCCAGUCACGUGGCAGCGUAUCGCACUCGUCUCAUUCCUCUCACUCUUCCAGCAAGAAAAGCUCGUCCGUACACUCCGUCCCAUCUUCAACCAACCGUUCGAACCGCGUCAAGACAAGGGAUCCCCGGGAAAAGCAGAAGUAUGUGGUUGACAAGAAAGUUUGCUGUGACCAUGAUAAAUGAUGACAAGAGAAUGUUUGACAAUUCCCAUGUUUGCCUGUCUCCCACAGCAGAACCUCCCUUCCUCACGGACUGCAUCUUGUGUGUCUGCACAUGUUGUCGACAUGCAUGUGUCUGUCAACACAUCAUAACCAUCUCCCCAGAGCACGACAGCAACAGACCAGAGGAACUUAAUUUUUUUUUUAAUCUAACACCAAUUAAUACCAAACAGGAUGCGCUGACAUGACUAUUGAACAAUUAUUUUAUAGUUUACACAGAGCACCUUAAUAAUUAUUUUUAUGCAAACGUUAGGGUACAGAAAGGGGUACGAUCUUAAGAUGAAGCACGGGUGGUCUGCAUAUCUGCCUCUACCAUGGAAAUGGUGUCAGGUCAUUUUAAAUUCACAACGAAUUCGUGGCUAAUUCAAUACAGCUAGUGCAGACACAACUGAAAAAUAUUGGGGUGGAGGGUGUAAUGAGUAUAAUUUAGUCAAAUGCAUAAAGCAUUAUUCUCUCUGAUUUGAUUGUUACAUUGUCGACUGGUUUUCCUUUACUCUGUGUGAAAUGAUAUCACUUUUUGUAAAUUAACUUUUACAUUUUCCAAGAUGAAGAAAAAUUGCAAUAAUAUUUUACUGGGAUGGUUAAGUGACGUGAAUGUGGGCAAAAAGUAAUAAUAAUAGUGUGGAAGGUAUUUUUAUAUGAGAGCCAUUUCAUUCCACAGUCAGCAUUUCUUUAAGCACACUUUUUGUGUAACUGUCAUAGACACACUGACCAUUUGUUUUGUGGGGUGCAAAUUAUUUUAGGAUGACUAUUCUUUCCUCCCCAAUGCUGUAAAGCAAGAUUUAUACAUACAUUUAAUGGAGUUUCCAAUAUUGCUAUUUCAUAGCAUGGGUUUUCCAGUGAGUGUGUGUGUUAUGAUUCAAAGGCUACCAAUCACCUUUCACUGACACUGUUUUGUUAACACGUUUUACUGUUCCAUUGGACAGUGGCAGUGAAAGGGCUGAGACCAAACUGUGAUAGUUUAAGUAAAUUGUAAACUUACCUAGAAUAUUUACUUACUUUCUCUCUGAAGUGCGACAAGGAUGCCUAGAAUAAGCCAAGGUAUGACUAUCAAUAAUUUUGCAUGAUACGGCAGGUGCCUUCAGUUCUAUCCAUUGUCCUUGUGAAAAUUUCGUCAAUUAAAAUUCAGUAAAAAUACUUUUUUUUAAAAACCAGAUCAGAUAAUUUGUGUUUGUUUAUUUAUGCUUUCUGGCGCUGUCGUCUGUUGCUGCUGCUGCUGCUGCUUUAUCCAUGACAGACGUGACCCUGUUUCCAUCAUUCCCAUGGCCUCCCUUGCAUGUGGCAUCUUGCUGAUCAUGUGAUUGCCUUGUGAGCAAUUGGAAUCUGUCACCGUGCACAGAUUCUAUCAUUCACAUCAUCUCGACGGGCGGGAAACCAAUUGAUUUUUGUGUUGAUGUUAGCUGAGCAAUUCAUCGUCCUGUUUGCUCAGUGGUCUUGCUUACUGAAAACUCCCCAAGCUGAAAGUGAUGCUUUGGUGACAGUCAUUCUGCAGCAGCACAUUUUGACGUGAAUUGUCAUAGAAACACAGAAAAUAGGAGUAGGCCAUCUAGCUCUGUCUUGAAUACAUCAAGAGGGUCUGGCUGGGAUAGACCGAUGUGCAGGUAAGAGCAUUGCAGCAGAAAUCUAGGCUACAAAACAGGCCUAAUACACACCAGUGAUGCUCGAGUCCUUCCCUGCCCUGGUACAAAGCAUUACCUUGGGCUUUUCUGCUUUAUUUUUUACUAUAUUUACACCACGGGUGUUGAUGUUUGCUUUGAACAUAUUUGAUUCUCUUGGCAGAAUGGUCAAAUGAACACAGAAAUUAGUAGCGAUUAGGGAUGAUCAUUGAUCACUUUCAAAAGAUGUACCAGGACAACCCCUUCAAGUGCUGUAAUAUACUGGACACCAGGCAAAGAAAUAACUGGGGAGCAAGACUCAAUCCAUUCCUCUCCUUAGAACAUAGAAAAGUUCAACACAGGAACAGGCCCUUUGGCGUACAAUAUCUUUGCCUUUGUGGGCACCGUCAUAUAUACACUAUAUUUGUCUCCCACCACCUCAUCUCAGCCAUACCAGCUGUCAAGACUAUGAAGAACUUUAAAUAUCUCUAAAACUCAGACGCAUUAUUCAUCUGAAGCAAAAUAUUAAAUAAAUGACUCCCCAUUCUCUUGUCCAACCCUGCUGUAUUUUUUGU